AUGGCCGAGAUUCCCUGGUUGUCCGCCAGCUUUCCAGCCUGGUGCGGCUCCCAUGGAUUUUCCUCAUUGCACCGAUGCGCGCUGCGCGUUGAUGCGGAACUUGGAGCGGGGCUCCACACGGAGGUCACCGACUGGGGCUAUCAGGUUGAGGCCGUUGAGGAGUUGCCAGGUCAAGACUCAGCGCUUCAGCCCGGAGAUGUCAUCAUUGGCAUUGACGGGAUUCAGCUCCUUUUCCUGAACGAGUCACAGCUUCAAGAGACCUUUGGCUCUCACAUCAGACAUGGUGUCGAAGUGAUCCUGGUCACUGCCGCAGAGCUGCGGGAUGCUAAGGAGAUGGAAGAUGAGGAGAUGCCAGAGGAGCCCCGAGAUCUGGCCAACUAUGAGUUGCUCCACCGAAGCAAGAGCGACACGGAGCAUGAGGCCACCGUGCGCAUUCCCGUGGGAAGAGCCACGGCCUGGCAGCUGGAUGAAGCUACAGCGGCCAAUAUCCAAAGUGAUUUGGGCAUUGUGAGUGAAAACUUUGGGCUGAUGGCUCGACCUUUGAUCAGCGACAAGGGAAUGGAGUCCAUCGUUUUAACCGGACUUCCCAGUGCCAUUGCGAAAGCCAGACCGGAAGUGGUGAAUAUCUUGAACUUUUACCGGGGCAAGGACCAAAGCCAAAAUUCUGAGGCGCAAAUGUCUGACAUCCGAGAACAAGGGAGUACGUCGGCAGCGACAACUGCCAUGGAGCUUCCAUCUCAUGUGAAGGAUGUGAGACAGUUUCAAUAUCACGAUCACACUGCUGACAUCAUCGUACACUCCUGGGGCUCCUCCCUUGCAGAAGCCCUGGCGCAGGUUUGUGUGGGCAUGUUCAACUACAUGACUCCCCUUGAAAAGGUCGACAUUGUUGGGUCCGUGGAUGUUCAUGCCACUGGACACGAUAUGCUGGAUUUGUUGUACCAUUUGCUGGAUGAAUUUCUCUACAUGUUUUCGACCGAGAUGCACAUUUGUCGCUGCAUUGAGAUCCUUGCCUUUGAUGAGCAAAAGUUCUCCAUUUCAGCCAGAGGCUAUGGGGAGAAGAUGGAUCUCAAAAAACAUGAGCAGGGCACUGAAAUCAAGGCCAUCACUAUGCAUAUGAUGAAGAUUCUGGAUCCCAAAUCGAUGUUGACAGAAGAGGGGAGGCACAUGCGACAGGAAGAGGAUACAGCCAUGUCGGAGUUUCCCUACGAAGUCUAUGUUUUGCUGGACAUCUGA